CUGCAUCAUGUCUAUUAUCAACACAUCACAGGUUGAAGUCACCACCUUCUUUUUGGUUGGGAUGCCAGGGCUGGAAUAUGCACACAUCUGGAUCUCCAUCCCCAUCUGCAGCGUGUAUGUUGUUGCUCUUCUGGGAAACUGUACCAUCCUUUUUGUCAUCAAGACAGAGCCCUCCUUGCAUGAGCCCAUGUACUAUUUCCUGUCCAUGUUGGCCCUGUCUGACUUGGGUUUGUCCUUAUCCUCUCUGCCCACCAUGUUGAGGAUCUUCUUGUUCAAUGCUCCUGGAAUUUCUGCCAAUGCCUGCUUUGCCCAGGAAUUCUUCAUCCAUGGAUUCAUGCUACUGGAGUCCUCAGUGCUCCUGAUCAUGUCGUUUGACCAUUUUCUAGCCAUCCACAACCCCCUGAGAUAUAGCUCCAUUCUUACUACUGUCAGAGUUGCCAAAAUAGGAAUAGGAUUGUCCUUUAGAAGCAUCCUCCUGGUUCUUCCCUUCCCCUUCACUUUGAGAAGGUUGCAAUAUUGCCAGAAAAGCCAAUUAUCCCAUUCUUACUGUCUCCACCAAGAUGUUAUGAAGUUGGCCUGUUCUGACAACAAAAUUGAUGUCAUCUAUGGCUUUUUUGUAGCACUUUGUGGUAUGGUAGACUUUAUGUUUAUCUCUGUCUCUUACUUCCUGAUCCUCAAGACUGUGGUGGGAAUUGCAUCCCAGAAGGAGCAGCUGAGGGCCCUCAAUACUUGUGUUUCACACAUCUGUGCAGUUCUCAUCUUCUAUCUGCCCGUCAUCAAUCUUUCCAUUAUCCAUCGCUUUGCCAGGCAUGUGUCUCCUCUCUUCAAAGUUCUCAUGGCAAAUGUUCUCUUACUUGUGCCUCCAUUGAUGAACCCAAUUGUGUACUGUGUGAAAACUAGGCAGAUUAGAGUUAGAAUUGUGGCUAAGUUAUGUCAGAAGUAGGUACAACACUGAUGUAUAAUAAGACACAUAAUGACAGAUUUUCUUAGGGAAGAUUUCAACCUAGUUUCAAAGAACCUAAUAUUUGACAGAAAAGACUCAUUAAUAUAAUUUUUGUCAUUAUUAUCAAAUUGAUUUCAUUCACAAGUAAUACGGAGCAAGAUGUAGAUAGAAAUGGUAACAGGCAGUACAUACCUUGAGUUCUCUCCAUUAAGGGGUACAGGGAAAUGUCAGUUGUCACGAUAAAAAUAGAUGUUUCAUAAUGUUUCUAUGUUAAGAACAAAAAUGGUAAUGUAUAUCCUCCUUACAGAAGUAGCUUCCUCAUCCUUCACAUGAAUUCCAUCUAUAUGUAUUUCACCUUCUCACUAUCUUUAUUCAGCAACUCUAGUAUACAGAGUGAUGCAAAAACAGGUUUACAGUUGUGCAUAUGCAAAUCACACUUUAUCUUACAUUAUUAUUUAUUAGUUAUUGUAUUACUUUCCAUCCUGACUGUAAACCUACUUUUGCCCCACCUUUGUGUCAUCAGCACUUCUCUAGUUAAAUAUUGUAAUCACCUACAAGUUUCUACAUAUCUGCUCUUGCUACUUUCUAAUUAUGCCAGGCAAGAGUUGUGUCUUCAAAAUGAAAAUUAGAUAACAUGAUGUCUCUUGUAUAUAGGACUCUUUAUAUUUUAAGAAUAAAAUUAAAGCAAUGAACUACAUAGUACAAGAUUACACAUUGACUGGAUAUUCUCUACAUCAUCAACAAAAAUAAUUAUUAAAUUCCACCCCCUUUGACCUUUGUAUAUUUGGGGAAUUCAUAGAUCUCUUUGCUUCUUGUGAGUUUUCACAUCUGAUCCCUUGUCUUAUGACUUCUUUCAUACUCAUUUUUAUCCAUUGUUUUGUUAAGUUUUUAUUAUAUUUCACUGUGGAAUACAACCCUAAAUCCUCAGUUCUAAUUAUGACCCUCUCUUUAAAAAUUUAAUCUUUAUUAUGUUUUUUCCAUUACCAUUUAGUCUCUUUAUACUUCCCUCCCCCCAUUGAUUACUACACUGUUGCCCAUGUCCAUGAGUCCUUGUUCGUUUUUGCUCAACCACUCCACCCCUAUCCUCCCCCUCCCCAUGAGCUGUCAUCCUGUUCUCCAUGUAUGAGUCUG